UAUCGAUAAACAUCUGUUAUUCUUUUCGAUAUAUCGAUAAUGAAGUUUUCACAAUUUACAAUAAACAUUGUUUUCAAUUGUCUGUCAACCAUUAUUUUUGUGAUUAACUUACAACAUCAAAUCUUUAGUUGAUUGGCAUGUUUGACAGCUCUGGAUUGUUACAUUAAACUAGUGCUCUGGUUCAUUGCAAUCAAGGAUUUUGUUGUCUAUCAAUGGGUAAUUAUUAUUUCUCGCUAUCCAUUCGUUGAUUUCGGAUGGUGAAUUGAUUCAAUUCUAGUCUAUUGUUUCAAUAUCUUAAUAAGAUUGAUCUGACUUGUGUAAAUUCUAACCAGUUGGUGGUUCUAUUUUGGCCCAUUUUUUCUUAACUUUCGUGUUUAUUAUCAUCUAUCAACUAUUCUGAUUUUAUUCAACAAUGACGCUACAGCAGCCCUUAUUAGAACCUCAAAAGGAAAAAUCUUUGACCGCAAGGUACAUUGAGAUAACUCUGGUAGUUGCACUAUAUUGGAUCGUUUCAAUCUCAAUGGUUUUCAUCAAUAAACAUAUACUAAGCGAUAAAUCCGUCAAUUUUGAAGCUCCGCUUUUCAUCACAUUUUACCAGUGCCUUUGUACCAUAAUAUUUUGCCUUGUUUGUAAUUUCAUUGGUCAGGUUAGACCAUCAUGGGUUCACUGGUUAGGAUUCCCUAGACUACAUCUUCGGCCAACAAUUGUAAAAAAAGUAUUCCCGUUGUCUAUAGUAUUUGUCGGAAUGAUCACGAUGUUCUUGUGUCUUAAAUUUGUCGGUGUUGCUUUCUACUUUGUUGGUAGAUCACUGACAACUGUGUUUAAUGUGAUUCUCACUUAUUUUAUUCUGAGAGAAAUCACAUCAGCCAAGGCAACUCUCUGUUGUAUCGUUAUAAUCAUUGGAUUCAUAGUUGGUGUCGAUCAAGAAUCACUACAAGGAUCCCUAACAUUUUCGGGGAUCUUUUUUGGUAUAGCUGCUAGCUUUUUUGUUUCACUUAAUUCCAUUUUUACUAAAAGUAUUUUACCUGCUGUUGAUGGUAAUAUUUGGAUGUUGAAUUUCUACAAUAAUGUAAAUGCUCUUAUUCUAUUUACCAUACUUAUUACCAUUAGUGGGGAAUUGCCGAUUAUUUAUGGAUACGAGCAUCUCACUAGCUUAAAGUUUUGGACCAUGAUGACUCUCAGCGGACUUCUUGCAGUUUCUAUUGGUUUUGUUACUGGUUUACAGAUAAAGGUUACUUCGCCUUUAACGCAUAACAUCUCAGGGACUGCUAAAGCUUGCGCUCAAACAGUUCUUGCGUGUAUCUGGUAUAGUGAAGAAAAAUCAUUUAUUUGGUGGAUAAGCAAUUUACUAGUCAUAUUUGGAUCAGCUGGUUAUACACGAGUCAAACAAUUAGAAAUGAGCGCUAAACACUCGAUGAAGAGUCAAACAUCAGGAGCAUAAUUCUUAUGGUAAACUAGCGAGACAAACUAUCAUCAUUUUUGUAUAUUACAGAAUAGAUUUUCAUAUUUAUUAAUAUAAUUACCCCCUCUUGGAUAUUUUUAUUUAAAGAAAGUUAUUACAUAUCCCGAUGUAAUUUAUAAUUAACGUCAUUAUAAGCUU